AUGUUGGCUCCUGUUCACACAGAUGUUAUUAGCUUAUUCAACGUCGAUGGCUCUAAUUUGUGCUUGGACAAACAAGGAAACCUGCGAGGAGCUUAUAAUUUCUUGAUCGACCGAUCCCCACCCGGGGUUGUCAAAAAGGGUGGACAAGAAGCCGGCGAAGUACCCAAGUAUGAUUUCUCCGAUGAUAAUCCCAGCAAAAAACAAACAAUCGAGGUCAUCGAUGAAGAUGAAGUAUAUCCACACAAGUACACCGCGGCGCAUCCAACUACAACAACUCAGCCAAGAUUGGUUUCGAUUGAGGCAAAAGUUGAAUCACCUUCUAUCUCACCUACAACAGCAACGAUUAAUGCAAUUAAACUAAAAGAUGAAAGAGAGUAUCAAUACCAAACAAGACCUAACUACUAUUCAAAAAAUGAUACAUCCAUGUCUUCGCUCAUUGCUACUUUCACUAUAUUGCUGAUCAUCGUUACUGUGAUUGUUUGGCUCAAAUAUUGCUGCCCCUUGAGAAUCAGGACAAAGAGGAAAGAGGAGAUAAUUCUUUUAGCUGAUGAAGAGCCAGUGAUGUUGCGCUUGAUUGGAAGUGGUGGAUUUGGGCAAGUCUACGAGUUGGUCGGACAGAAACCAGCAGCUGUCAUCAAAAUCAUGAACGCUUCACCGAAAUUCUACGAAAGCGUUGAACAUGAGUACAAACAUUUGAAAUUGAUGAAACAUCCCAAUGUGGUCCGCUUGUUGCAAACGGAAAGAAUGGAGAAGAGAGGCGAAGUCGGUAUUGUGAUGGAGUACUGUCAACGGGGAGAUUUGAAAAAAUUAUUAUUGGAUCAAACGAUCGUCUACUCGAUGAAAACGGUGUACUAUUGGACGGUCGAGCUGUUGGAUGCACUUCAGUACAUCUUCGAGACACACAAUGUCAUUCAUCGGGAUAUCAAACCUGAGAAUGUUUUUAUCACCGAUAAGUGGUGUUUGAAAAUUGGCGACUUUGGCCUUGCCAAAUUCAUCCAACAGACACAGACGGGCACUUUUGCCGGAACUCUUCGUUACAUGAGUCCAUUGCAAAGGGAUGUUAACCAAGAUGGAGCCGAGUCUUCAAGCGGUCGACUUUUGGAUUCCCAUCGCAACGAUGUCUACGGUAUUGGCUUGGUUCUAUGGGAAAUGGUGGAGAGGAGAACCGUGCUUGUGGAAUAUGAUCGAAACGGGUGGUUCGAUCGAGAUUUCUUCAAUCAGGAUGUCACCUCAAAGAAAUUACAGAAAGUGGCUGCCCCCAAUUGUCCUCGUCAGCUCCAAGAAAUCAUUGAGAAAUGUACAAAUUUUGACCUCUACUCCCGACCAAAAGCUAUUGAAAUUUUCGAAGAAAUGAAGCCACACAGAGUAAGUAUUCAAGUGAACGGUUGUGUCGAUUGUGAUUUCCUUGUCGAUUUCUCUUUUCGCGUGUGCAACGAGGUGCCGAAUGGACAAGAAGGACACUACACCGAUUCGAACAUUGUCAUCUGCAAAGAUCCAUAUCCAUUCACAAUCAACGGAAAACCACCAUUGAAUCCCCAUUGUGAAUGGCGAGCUUUAAUUGUUUUUCCGGUGGACUUAAACAACACCUGGAAUAAUCUCUAUUCUUGCUCAUAUCGUCUAAACGGAGAGAAAAGUCUCAUCGUGAGAGCUGUCUCGCAAAAAGUCUCUCAAAACGGUUUCGCCUUCUCAUUUCGUGUUCGGCAAUGGGUUAAUGAGUCGAUCCCAAUGUUCGUUCUACCGGUCAGUGACAAUCAAUACCUUGGAAACGAGUACUUUUUAGUCGAAAAAAGUACGAUGGUUACUCUCGUCGCCAAUCCGAUUCUAGCACCAAGUCCGCGCGUGAAUACAGCGCUUAUUCUGGAGAUGCAUGGUCGACUCGACGAGGAUUACCAGGAUGCGAUCCCACUGUAUGAGGCGGACAUCACAUGCAAUUGGCCUUUCACCUAUUCGGUUUUUGCCGGAUCCGAUCCGGGUCUGCGAUGGCGAGAGUCUCUCGACUUUUCUCUCGAUCAGGCGACAAUCUAUUCAACAUCCACCGUCGUCACUCUUCUCGGCAAUGACUACUGUACUUUUACGGCUCUUAUUAUGCCAGAAUACCUGGAAGCGCUCCUCAAUUAUCUUCCAACUUAUCUUACAUCAUACAGUUAUCCAUGGCCUUUCGAUAAUCCAACCGAUUACCCACGAUGUCAACAGGCUCGAGCCGAUUUCUCACCGUUAAUUUCAAAAACCGAGCGCCGCAUCGCCAUUGAUGUGAUCAAAUUGGAAAACGGUACUCUCAAACUGUUUUAUGGCACAAAUCCAUCAAACGAAAAGGGAUAUUGCACGAAUCCGAAAAUCGAAUCCAAAAGCAUCGAUCUCGUCGAUCAACAAAAAGUCGCGGUUUCAGCGGAAUGCUUUCAUGAUCACGGGAAUCGCUCGUGCGAGUAUCAAAUAGUGCACGGGCCACCCAGUAACUUCCUUGGCCAUCCCGAGCUUCUAUUGAACACGUAUCGUGAUACCGAUGUCUUUCAAGAGCAAUCUCUCACAUCUCUAUCCUACAGUAUCUACAUACCACCUGGAUGUGCUCCAAGUGUUGCCCUCAGAACCUAUCCCUCAAGCAACGAUCUGACACUUCGUAAUUGUGGUGGGACGGUGUUUUUCGCGGCUCUCGACGAUAUCCCGUUGAACCAAAUAGAAGCUGCCUAUUUUUGCGAUUCUUUCCCCGUCAACAUAUCGUUUCAAACAAACUCUAUUGGAUUCGGUCAAAUCUCGGUUCAAUAUCGGAAGAAUUUCGGCGACGAUUGGAUAGAUAGCGACGUCAACACGACACUUUCGAAUGUGCGAGCGGUUCAGCUUCAAUGUACCAUUGUGUCCAAAUGGGAGAAAUACAAGAGAUGUUUCGCGAAGAUUCAUUUUGUCCGUUCUUUCGACAAUGGAUUCGACGAUCGAUCACCGUGCUUCGAUAAUGAGAUCACGGCGGAAUACUUGCGA